UUUCGAAUGAAAUACUUGAUUCUGAUUUUUUUGGCCUCGACAGUGGCUUGUCGGUUCAGUGAUGAUUUUUAUAGAAUUUUGUCCAAGGAGAACGCAAAACGAAACCUCAUUACUUCGCCACUCUCCGUAGAGAUUGUUAUGAGCAUGAUCUAUAUGGCAGCAGGUGGAAAAACGGCCCGAGAACUACGAAACUCGCUGAAAUUGCCAAAGGAUAAAGAAGAAGUGGCCAAUCGUUACAGGGAGUUUUUAACAAAUCUUAAGAAUGGUAAAAAGUCCGUCACCCUGCGGCUGGCAAACCGCAUAUACGUCAAUGGAAAAUAUAGCCUUGUUCCGGAAUUUAAUCAGAUGGUUAAAAAGUACUUCAAGGCCAAAGCUAAGACAAUCAGUCUAGAAGAUCCAGAAAAGGCGGCUAAGAUAGUCAAUAAAUGGGUAUCAAAUCAGACGCAUGGAAAGAUACGGAGUUUAGUUUCACCUAGUGACAUGAAUCCCUAUCUUAGCGCAAUUUUGGUAAACGCAAUUUACUUCGAGGGUCUGUGGAAAUAUGAGUUCAAGGCUGACCAAACUCAUGUAGCUGAUUUCCAUGUAUCAGCUAAGGAAAUCGUUCCUGUCGAAAUGAUGACAUUGUCAAAACCCCUAUUUUCGGCCUAUUUGGGCGACUUGGAUGCCAAGGUAAUCGAACUGCCGUAUCGGAAAACAAAUCUUUCGAUGCGCAUUUUUCUGCCCAACAGAGUCGAUGGACUAUGCGAAUUGGAAGAGAAAAUUGUGGGGUUUUCCAGACCUCUGCAGAAAAAUACUGUUAAUGUAAAGCUUCCCAAGUUCAAAAUUGAAUUUAGGGCACAACUAAGGGGCACUCUUCAAAAGUUGGGUAUCCAAGAUGCUUUUAAAGAUUCUGCGGAUUUUGAAGGCCUAGUUGUGGGAUCUAGUGUCAAGAUUGAUAAUGUUGUCCAAAAAGCCUUCCUAAAGGUCGAUGAGAAGGGCACCGAGGCCGCUGCUGCAACAGGGGUACUUAUUCGUAGAAAAAAGUCUGUUGAUAUUGUUCAUCCCAUGGAGUUUAUAGCCGACCAUCCGUUUGCCUACACAAUUCAUGAUCGAAAUACUAUUUACUUUCAGGGCCACAUCGUUAAACCCCAGUGGUAAAUAAAUUCCAACAAAAUAUUUUUUGUUUCUAAAUCCUUAAAA